AAACCUUAAUUUUCUGUCACGCCACUUUUGUUCUCUCCCUGUCCCUCGUAACCAAACAGUUCCACCAACCUUCAAUCCAUCCUCUCACUAUCAACACACACACACACUCUCUCUCUCACUCACAUCACACAUCACAUAUCACACAUCACACUCUUGCAUCUUCACUCUGUCACUUCGUUCAUAUUUCAUAACAUGAGCAAAUCCCGAACCUCCACUCCCCACUUCCGGUUAUGAAUCCCCCCCAACCGCCGCAACCCCACCGGCCCUCCACCUCCUGCCCCCGCCACCCCGACGAGAACUUCACGGGCUUCUGUCCCUCAUGCCUCUGCGAGCGUCUCGCCCUCCUCGACCCCAACACCACCCCCUCCCCCCGCAAGCCACCCUCCUCCGCCGCCGCCGCCGCCCUUAAAGCCCUCUUCCGCCCUCCCCCUCUCCCCGAGCUCCGCCGCACCAAGUCCUUCUCCGCCUCCAAAAACGAACCCUCCUCCUCCUUCGAGCCCCAGCGCAAAUCCUGCGACGUCAGGGUCCGCAACAACACCCUCUCCAACCUCUUCCACCAAGACCUAAACCCCCCACCGCAAAACGACAACCCCCCACAACAGGAGCAAGAAGAAGACAAAGACGAGACUAGGGCUUUGGAGGAGCCCAAGCCCAAUGUGAACGAAAUCGAGGAACUUGAAGAAGGAAAAGUAGAAAAAGAAGAGCUUUUUGGCGUGGUGGAAGAAGAGGAAGAGGAAGAAGAAGAGUUUAAGACGAUGAAGGAUCACAUGGAACAAGACUCUUCCCACGCGAAGCAGCAGAAAAAUCGCGACUUUAAGGACCUCGCGGGGAGCUUCUUCUCCGCGGCCUCGGUUUUCAGCAAGAAGCUGCAGAAGUGGCGCCAGAAGCAGAAGGCCAAGAAGCGGCGGAGCGCGCUGCCGGUGGAGAAGCCGAUCGGCCGCCAAUUCCGCGACACGCAGUCGGAGAUCGCCGACUACGGAUUCGGCCGGCGCUCCUGCGACACCGACCCCCGCUUCUCGCUCGACGCCGGCCGGUUCUCGCUUGACGCCGGCCGGAUGUCCUUUGACGACCCGCGGUACUCGAUCGAGGAGCCGCGGGCGUCUUGGGAUGGUUACAUCCUCGGGAGGACUGCCGCCCUCCCGAGGAUGCCGACGAUGUUGUCGGUGGUCGAGGAUGCGCCGGUGCCAUCGGUGCCGGUGGCACCGGCGCCAAUUAACCAUGUGGUGAGGACUGAUAUGCAAAUUCCCGUGGAGGAGGGUUUCAAUGAGGAUGAAUCUGUCCCUGGUGGGAGUGCACAGACUAGGGAGUAUUACUCUGAUUCGGGUUCUAGGAGGAGGAAGAGUCUUGAUAGGUCUAGUUCGGUUAGGAAGAGUGUUAGUUUGGAGGUGGAUGAGUUGAGUAAUGGGAGUGGUGGUGUGAGUAAUAAUGUGAAUGUCAAUGUGAAUGUUAAUGCUAAGGUGGCUCCUGCUGGUGCUGGGGUGGAGUAUGUGCAAGGAGUCAGGAUGAUGGGGCUUAAUGAUCGCGAUCGUGGAGAAUUCGGGUCGAAUUCGAUGAGGGAGGAUUGCUGUUCUGAGAAGAUGUUUGAUGUGGGUGUGAUUGAGAAUGGGGAUGGGAGGAAGGGAGGGAAGAAGGGGCGGCGGUGGCGGUGGAGCAUUUGGGGGUUUAUUCACCGGCGUGGCGGGAACAAGGACGAGGAUGAGGAUAGGUAUAGCAGGGUGAAUGGGGUGGAGAGGUCGUAUUCGGAGUCGUGGGGUGGCGAUGGCAGAAGUGGUGGUGGUGGUUUUAAUGGGAGGGUGUUGAGGAGCAAUAGUAGUGUGAGUUGGAGGAAUGCUCAGGGGAUUGGGAAUGGUGGUGGGGGCUUUGGGGGUUUCAGGAGGAAUGGUAGUGUUCAGGGGAAUGGGAAUGGGAAGAAGGGGAAGGACGAGUUUGUGUUGGAAAGGAAUAGGAGUGCAAGGUAUUCUCCUAACAACAUUGACAAUGGUCUCUUGAGGUUUUACUUGACUCCCAUGAGGGGAAGCAGGAGAAAUGGCUCUGUGAAAAGUAGGUCAAAUCAGGCACAUUCCAUUGCAAGAAGCGUGCUUGGAUUGUAUUGAAUUCACAUGGAAGAAGAAGGUCCAUAAGGUGUUCUUUUGGUUUGAUGUUGUUAAUUUUGCUCUGCAUUUCUUGUGUAAACCACACAUGCCCUAUGUAUUAUUAUUACUAUUAUUAUUCUUAAUGGUUGGUUGGUUAAGGCACCCUGCAUUUUUCUUUCGUCAUGCUUCUUUGGUUUACUCUUAAUAACCAGAGUUUUUUCUCUGUGUU